AUGAGUUCUGUUGAUUCUCCAUCUAUUUCAGGAAUUCCAUUAUCAAAAAUGUCUCUCAAUCUUACAUAUUCAGUUAACAUUUAUUCAUCAACUUUAAUUGCAGAUGGAUCAAAUAAUGUAAUCAAUAAAAAAAAUGAACAUCCAGAACAGCAUUGUCCUGGAUUGCCGAUAUCACAUGUUUCUAAAGAUGGAAUACAUAUUUCAUGGAUACGUUCAUCAGGAAUGCAGACAAUAUUUUCAGAUCUCUUUACUGAAAAUGUAUACCAAAAUGAAGUGGAAGUACUUGUAGAGAUAGUGGUUCUAGUGGUUGUAGUAGCCGUGAUAGAUGUAGAUGUGGUAGUGGUAGAAGUGUACCCUGGGCAGGAUUCGAUCAAAUAA